AUGGCCGCCGGAUCAGUCUCUGGGGUGACCAUUCGUAACUUCAGGAGCGCGACAUGCAAGGGAAACUACCAUCAAUGUAGUGGCAUCUUACCUUGGCAGUGCUGCUCUGGUGGCCCGUCCAGUUCGGGUGCAGUCUCCUCGGCAGAAUUCAUGGGCGUCCCCCCUACCGCGCUCGGAGCUAUCUGCAAAGCUAAAGGCCCUACUAAUUGCGGUGAGGUCGCUCGCUCUGCUUCCGGCUCGCGAUUCUGCAUCGGCGCAGCAAACUGCCGGGGAUCUUUCUGGAUGGACUGCAACUACUGCAACAAGCGCGACCUCGCGAGCCGAGACGAGAUCCCCAAAGAACUCCAAGGGGUUAGUGCGGAGGACACUGUUGAAGCCGACACUGUUGCUUUUGAAGAUCACCAAUUCAAAUACGACGACUCAGUUCCUGCAGACGUGAAGCAAAAGUUCGACGACUUGUUUGAGGCCGACGCUGGGUACGCGGACAUUCCCGAGGAGCUCAAGCAAUACGAACUUAAUGGUAGCGAGCGCAGAGGGCUUGACGACCUGGAAGAGUUGGAAGCAUCUGGGCAGUUUGAGUAA